UCAGUUCAGUUGUAGUUGUCAGUCUAGUUGGGUGAAGGCAGUUUUCAGUUUAGAAGCGCGCCACUGAUAAGAGGUGUGUUAUCUGUCGCACUUUCCCUGGCAGUUGAAUGCAGUAAUGCGUUUGUGUCAAGUUGUGUGUGUGAGACUACUUGUGUGUUGGAUUGUCCUGUCUGAGGAUGGCCUGUGACCUAGUUGCACUUUUGAAAAGUUGUGAGCUGCUUCUCUGCCUAGUACUGUUCGCCUACCGCGUGUGGACAGAAUGGGAAACGCUGCAAGUUUUCUACGCGCUGGAGAAGCAGUCUCGAGAAUGGCCGCUGGCCAACAACUUUGUGCGCGACCGCAGGAACGCCAUCUUCACUGAAACAACUCUGGGCGCUUACACCCUCGUCUGCGCGGGACUCCUAAUUGGUCAUGUCACUGGCGAAUUGAAUAACGCUAGGAUAACGGAAAGUUUCCUUCUAGUCCUGGGUACAUUACUGUUUCUGCUGAUGGGAGGGAUAUUCCUGACCAAUGUGGACGAUGUACCCUAUCAGUUGGUCAGCAACAACAUAAUACUCGGAGUCCUCGCCAUAUUAACAGCUAUCCUGUUCCUUCUCGACAUAGGACUGCACAGAAAGCAGGCCGGAGAUCAGGAGCAGAAAAAUUUCAAAAAACCACCAGCAAAACUACAAAAAUCGGUGGUCAGUGCACCUAAGGCUCCUCCCGAGAAGAGUUCUGCACCAACAGCUGAGAAAAUUGAUGAGGUAGACAAUAAAAGCAAACAGAAGAAAAGUGUGAUGGGGGAGUUGAGGUCUUCAUUGAAGAAACGAAGUGAAAGGAGCGCAAAUACGAAUGCCGCCACAGAACAGGCGGCCGAAUUUCACGAGAGAGAACGACAACAGAACGAAAUGCAAAUGAGCAGCAGAGAUGACACUCUACCUCAGGUUGGCAGAAGAAAUAUGGAAAACCGAGGAUUUUCGCCCACCCCUGAACGACACCCUAUCAAAGAUAACCACCGAAGAGAACUGGAUCCAGACGAAUUCGAAAAAUCAUUUCCUAAAGUUGAACGACACUCGAACGGUCACUUGAAGAACUCUGAACAUCACACACGUGACGAAAGGUACUAUUCUGAUGACGAUGAGCGUCACAGGAGGAGUACAAUGGUGUUGGAGCCUCAUGAUGACAACAGAUACAACCGGUAUGAAUAUGAGAGGAAAGAUUUACCGAGAGGUAACGGAUAUUUGAAGCAGUAUGACGCAUCUAGACACAAUGAAGAUCAACCCAGAGCGAACGGGUAUUUGAAGCAGCACGAUUCACCAAGAAAUGACGAUCAGAGGUUUAUUGAGCAUUAUAGGGAGCAUGAUUUGUCAAAGGAGUAUGCAAGGCCUUUCGCAAAGGAACGAAGGCAUUCGAUAGAUUAUGUGCAGAAAGAUGAGGAAGCACAUAGGGAAAUUAUGAGGCGGGCUGAUAGGAUGAGGAGGGAUGAUGAUUAUUUUAGAAGAUCCGAGAAAGCACGACGAUCGCACAUUGAGAGGAUGCCGUAUGACGAGGAGAGUCCUAGAUUCCAAAGACGGCGGGAAGAGUACUCAAGCUACAGGGACAGACCCUAUAGGUUUGAUGGUGAGGAUCUGAGUAAACCUCUCUACCAUGAGGGAGAUCGAUGGGAAGGUUAUAGAGGAUACCCAGCGAAUGACACCCCCAAGGAAAGAUUGCCUGAGAAACAAAUGACCAGAAAAUCGCAAGUGAACGAUGAGAAUGACUCAGCGAUGCCACCCAAACACACUGUCGAGGUUGAGAUGGAUGAUCACUUCUACAAACCCAAGGAACUUCAUCCACCAGUGGAAGGGAGGCGGUCAAACGAGGGAGACAAGAGAUUCGAAGGUGACCCCAACCUGCAAGUUUCCAAAGUAACGAGCACAAAAAACGGGAAUCACACUGGGAGUUCUGAUGAUGGCGACUUAAUACCGCAGAUUCCCAGUGUUUCUUUCCUGCUUUCGGAGAGAGGUCGCAAGGUGAUGCCUAGUCUGUCUACGUCGCCAAUUGAGAGAGCUUCAACGCCCAAAUAUUACUUUGCUGAUCCUUCUUCUCCAGGUUAUGUGAAGCAGCAGGCAUCCAAUUGGCCCUCACCAAGCCCCAUCAAUAAUAAGCCAGGAGGUCACUCUCCUACUUGACAGUGACUUUAAAUGUAAUCAUAUUAUACGCUAAAUCAUAGUAUAAGCCUCUCACAAAGAAAUAUUAUUUCUCUUCUGGAGCUUGCGCAGGUUGAGCGAGUCAGUCAUUUUUUAUUUCAAAAGUACAUUUCUGAUUUCAGAAUUAGAGUUUAUAAAAUAUCUCUAUAAAAAUUUAAUAAUUUGAGAAUAAGUGUGAAAUGUUUAGAAAUCGUUUUAGAAACCUUCUAUAACUUACCUCUUAUUCAUGGAUAAUAAUUAUGUAAUAGCAUAGAGGAAAGAGAUUAUUCGUCUAAGGUAAUAAAAGCAAAGAGGAUCGGAAUAGAAAUUCUAGAGGAUCGGAGUUCUAUUCCAAUCAUCUUUGGUAAUAGUGACUCUUGAACGUUCUCUUAACAUUUUUUCCCCAAUUAGGAUGAUUUGUACAAUACAUCUAAGGCUUUUCCUUCAGUAAUACCGUAGAUGAAUAGACAUAUACAGUUUCAGGUGUGUUCUGUAUCACCGAGUAGGAGAUAAUAAGGAAUUUGAAGUUAUCUGAAUCUAUCUAUUUCUCAAUUCAAAAUAAUUUACUUACUGAAUUUGAAUGAUAUUUAUCCAAAUAUGCGAGAAUUACAUCAUAUUAUAGAGAGAUAUAAUAAUUGAAAAAUAUAGUUCAUUGUAAUAUAGGUUUAGAGUUGGAUUGUAUUUUUUUCGAAUACCUGAUUAUAAGCAAUAGUAUAGUUUUGUAAGUUAUUAUUAAAUAAUGAAGUAAUAUUUUGUAAUUAUUUUAUUUGUAUCCUUCUUGUUGUAAUUUAUUUCUUGACAGUGCAAUAAAUAUUAAGAAACCUAAGAUCGCCCCGAUUAUUUCUACUAUUAGUUCAAUGGUUGAAUUUUAAUAUUUAUUAUAAUGUGAGACUUGGAAAAAACCUAGAAUCAAAUAAAGAGCAAAAUCAAAUCACAUCUAUACUUUUAGAAUAUUAAAAGAGGAUUAACAUGUAAUAUUAAUUUUUACAGUGUAAUUUCAUGUACUACUCGUACAUCUGUCUAUUAACAAUCUUGAAAGCACAACUUCAAGAAUACUGUAAUUUAAUUUUAUUAUAAUAAUGCAAGUAAUCGAUGAUUUUAUAUUCUUGAAAAAAUUAUUUAUUUAUUUACUGUGAAUUAUAAACCACAAUAUAAUUAAGAGUUUGUCAUUAGCCAAUAAAACUGUCUACUUUAGAUAAUCACUAUCACUAACACAAAGUUUGAUUUUCCGCGAAGAAAUUUAACAAAUGAAAUGUAAAUUCUCAAAAAUAAUGUAAAUAAAUUAUUAUUGAUUGUA